UGAGUCAGUCUGAGCGCAGACAUGCAGCUGUACUGUUGGGGGGACAGCUCCAGUGGACAGUUUGGGGCGCAGGCAGCCCUGGGCCCGGUCUGUUGGACCGGACCAGGGGAGGUAACCGGCAUCUGCUGCGGGGAGCGACACACUUUAUUCCUCAGAACCGACGGAAAAGUGUUGUCAUGUGGACACAACUCUCAUGGACAACUUGGACGAAAGAACCAUAAUGGAAAGAUGCUUGGAUGCGUAGAGGGACUGGGUGAUGUCGUCGCUAUGGCUUGUGGUCAAGACCAUUGUCUGGCUCUAUGUGUAUCUGGACAAGUGUUUUCCUGGGGGUCAGGAGAUGAUGGACAGCUUGGGCUGGGAACACCCCCCCCCUGCAGCAAUCAGAGACCAAGUCGAGUACCUAUCCCGAUGCCCAUACAGAUCGUCCAGGUUGCUUGCGGAAACGCCCAUUCCCUCGCGCUUACCAAAGGCGGAGACGUCUUCUCCUGGGGUUCAAACAGUCGUGGUCAGCUGGGCCUGGGGAAGGAGGUGGCAAUCCAGCAGAGGCCUGUUCUGGUGUGUGCCCUGACCGGAGUCCCAGUGACCCAGAUUGCUGCCGGAGGGGACCACACUCUGUUCCUCACGCUCUCUGGCCUGGUGUACUGCUGUGGGGCUAAUAAAUUUGGCCAGCUGGGGGUCAACAGGGUGGAUGAAAAAGGCAGGUUUAACAUCUGUGUGGUGCCUGCUCUCAGACCUCUGGGCAUCUCCUUCAUCAGCUGUGGAGAGUCACACUCUGCUGUGCUGACCAAGGAAGGGAAAGUUUUCACUUUUGGAGACGGGAGCCACGGUCAGCUUGGUCACAGCUCCACUACCAGAGAGGUUCUGCCCAAACUGGUGGAAGGCCUCGGAGAGCCAGCAUCUCAGAUUGCAUGUGGGAGGCAUCACACUCUGGUGUUGACUAUUUCUGGACAACUGUUUGCUUUUGGUAACGGAGACAAAGGCCAGCUGGGGACAGGACAAAAAGACAGCAGCCCGUCCCCUUCCCUGGUUCAGCUUCCUUGGACGUCUGACAGCGAAGCAGCUAUACCUGGUGAAUUGAUGUUAUCCGCUGGAUGGAACACAAAUUUCAUUUACUCUUCCAGUACAAAGACCUCCAAUCACGGACAAAUAAUUGGGCGACUGGAUAAGACGAAACUACAAAAAUGGGUGGCAAUGACAUACAGCAACGUGGAGGCCAAAAGAGAAAUCGAGUCGAUGUUUUACACCAGUUCAAGUCUUGUUGCAAGUUUCACAAAACCAGACGGGGCUCCGCUGGAAGCUGGCGCUCUAACAGUGGACCUCCAGGCCGCUCGCCAAGCCUUUGACCAGAUGCUGGCCGUCCCUUGGAUCAAACAAACAGUGAAUCUAAAUCUCCUGUUAGAUUUGCUCGUUUCAUCAAUGCAUCAUUUAAAAUCUCCAGAGAUCCUCCUGGUUUUGUUGACAUGCCCACUUCUACAAGAGGACACAAACGUGAUCAAUGUAGCUUUGCCUCUGGCAAUUACUAUUCAGGAUCUGAGUGAGAAGACUCUGGAAACAUUGAAGAGCCUUUGGUCUUCUCUGUCGGCGGAUAUUUUGAUCAGGCACAUCCUGGUGUUCAGAAAUGCCCUGGCUUUCAUGCUGAGGAACGGCCUGUUGCAAACCCACAACCCAGGAGUCAAAUACCUGCUGAAAGCCCUGAAGCUGCUUUACAGAGCAAACAAAGCUGGAAAGUCCUACAAAGUCCCACUGAGCACCUUUUAUGUGGAGGAAAUGGAAGGUAAUGCUGUUCAGCCGCUUGAGGAUGUCACUCUUUGGUUGGCGUUCUCCAAAGAAGAGGACGACGACAAAACACCUGCCAUUUUCUGCCGCUAUCCUUUCGUCUUCCCUCUGGUUUGCAAGGUUGCUGUCUUUAACAUCUUGGCACGCGUGAUGAAGGAAGCUCAUCAUGUUGUUCAGCGAAUGCGUCUGCCGUGGUCAAAUGACAUCCUGGGAGACGCUCUGGACCCCUCUGUCCCGGUCUUCCAGCUGAACCUCAGACGGACUCACCUGAUGGAGGACGCUUUCAGACAUCUCGCUGCAGCUGAUCACUCUGUAUUUAAAAGGGCGCUUGUGGUUCAGUUUGUAGAUGACAGGAAGAUCAUGAACGUCAACAAAAAAGACUUUUUCCUUCAUAUGUUUGAUGAGCUGAUGGAUCCUGAAUCUGAUAUGUUCAUGUUCAACGACAGUAAGACUCUGGCCUGGUUUCCACCCAAGCCUAAAGUUGAGGAGAAGAAGUACUUCCUGUUUGGCGUCCUGUGUGGCUUGGCUCUUUAUAACCACAACAUCAUACACCUGCCGUUCCCACUGGCUCUCUUCAAGAAGCUGCUCCGCGUCAAAACAUCACUGGACGACAUGAAGGAGUUUGAUCCUUUCUUAGCAGAGUCAUGGAGGUGCAUUUUGGAGGACUACACUCCUGAUGAAGUGGAAGCUGCAGAGAUGACUUUCAAUAUGUCCUGGGGUGGUGAGGAAGUUGAACUGGAUCCCAAGGAACCUGGAAAAUGUGUCACUGGAUCCAAUAGGAAGCAGUUUGUCGCGGCCUGUAUAGACCAUGCCUUUAACAAAUCAGUGGAGGGAAUAUUUGAACUCUUCAAACGAGGCUUUUUUAAAGUGUGUAACAUAGAUGUUGUGGAGUUCUUCCAGCCGGAGGAAUUACAGUCGGUCAUGGUGGGCCAGGAGACUUACAACUGGGAGGUCUUCAAGCAGAACACAGUUUAUGAGGGAGAAUACCACACCGACCAUCCAACCAUCAUCAGCUUCUGGAACGUGUUUGACAAUUUCUCAGCAGAACAAAAGAAAAAGUUCCUCUUGUUCCUCACUGGCUGUGACAGAGUCCCCUUCAUGGGGAUGGAAUACGUCAGGAUGAGAGUGGCUCCGUUGCCAGAUUCCACAGAGCUCCAUUUGCCUGAAUCCCUUACCUGCCAUUGCCUGUUGCUGCUGCCCAGGUACAUGAGAUACCCGGUGGAUAGGACCAUGGAGACCAGGCUCCUUCAGGCCAUUAAUCACAACAGAGGCUUCUGGAAAGACUAGAGAGCUUUAAAACCCAACGUAUUGGUUGCUGUGUCCUGGUUUAUUAGCUCAUCUGUGAUGUUUCCUCAUAUUUAUGACAUUUAAAGGGUACCUAAGCCUUUCGGGAAAUCUCUCUCCUUUAGAUUGAUAAAAAAAAACAACAUAUAUAUUGGUUUACUCUGAUAUUUAGGUGGGUAAUGAGAAACCUGCUUAUUAGAGACACUGGAAAAAAGGAGGGAGUACAGCAGGGUUGGACAUAAGGGAGGGAUAAAUGGAAGGUUGCACCCAAGAAAGGAUGUAACAGCUGUGGAGGAAGAUCAAGAAGUCCAAUGCUGAAUCCCCUAAACACUAACCCUCUGUUUGCACAUUCCGGCAGAGGGGCUAUCCAAAACCAUGUAUGCUAGUUGGGAUGCAUUAGUGCAGGAUCACUGGAGUCUGGCAGCAGGUGUAAGGGUGAACUAUGUACAAUCCAGGCACCUUCCAAAGCUGUGAGUGACACUUUAAGAGACUUGGUAGUUAAGGGUUAGUGGUUGGUUUGGGAUUCAGCCCCAAAAUACUCAUGGUUUCCCAUAAUUCCUUGUUUUUUCUAUACUUACAUGGAAAUACUGAAAUCAAAAUCCAACCCUUUCUAAAUUACGCUUGAUUUCAGCUGAUUGAAAACAACUCGAAAGCAAUGGUUCAAGUUUUGCUGUUUACAACCUUAAAUUUAAAGCGUGGUUCAUGUAGCAAUGCUUUUAACCUUUUACAGAUUUUAUGUUUUUUUUGUAAAUGUUCAUCUUCAUUUAGUUUCACAUUUAACUGUUUUCAGGUCUGAAAAGGAGGUCAGGUGCCAGAUUAUGUGGCUUAAAAUGUACAAAAAACAUAUAUAUUCAUAAAAGAAUCAGUUAAAAUGAAUGAUUGAGCUAAAUGUAUGCCUUCAUUUCAGAAAAUACACUGGCCUUUAUCAAACAGACUGUACCAGUUUGCUCCUUGCAUUAUUUAUCUUUCUGGUUCUAGAGUAAAUAAAUAUUCUUCACAGCAACGAUGUCAUAGUUUUCAUUCUGAAAAAAAAUUAAA